ACUUGCUGCUAAGGGGGUCAGUUAGUGUGGUUAGUUGCCGGAUGGUGGAUAUAUGUUGAGCCGCAUCCCACGUGUAUCCGUGGUCCAUUAUCAAAUAGCGUUCCACUGAUAAAAAUAAAGGAAUGGCUAAUGAAAGAAAAGGGACCUAUAAGGUCGAGUAUCUUCAGAAAAUCGAGAAAGAAGUACAAGCUAAAUGGGAAGCUGCUAAAGUACAUGAGCAAGAUGCUCCUGUCGAAGCAAGGAAGAAACCAGAUGAAAAGUUUUUGGCUACGUUUCCAUUCCCUUACAUGAAUGGAAGACUUCAUCUGGGACAUACAUUUUCCUUAUCAAAAUGCGAGUUUGCAGUUCGUUACAAUCGUCUUUUGGGUAAAAGAGUAUUAUUUCCAUUUGGCUUCCAUUGUACUGGUAUGCCUAUUAAAGCUUGCUCUGACAAAUUAAAGAGAGAAAUGGAAGUAUUUGGAUAUCCACCAAAAUUUCCUCAAGAAGAAGUAGUGGUAGAACAGAAAGCAGAUGAUGUCACUGUUAUAGACAAGAGCAAAGGAAAAAAGAGUAAGGCUACAGCUAAGGCGGGUGUUGCAAAAUAUCAGUGGCAAAUAAUGCAGAGUCUUGGGCUUGAUAAUGAGGAAAUAAAGAAAUUUGCUGAUGCAGAAUAUUGGCUGGAUUAUUUCCCACCACUUGCUGUGCAGGAUUUGAAAUCUAUUGGAUUACAUGUGGAUUGGCGUCGCACUUUUAUAACGACAGAUGCCAAUCCAUUCUUCGAUUCCUUUGUCAGGUGGCAGUUCCUGCAUCUGAAGGCUCGUAAUAAAAUAAAAUAUGGAAAAAGAUACACUGUAUUCUCUCCAAAGGAUGGACAGCCUUGCAUGGAUCAUGAUAGAUCUUCUGGAGAAGGAGUUGGUCCUCAAGAAUACACGCUUAUCAAGAUGAAAUUGCUGGAGCCUUAUCCAAGUUGUCUUAAAGCUGCCAAUGGGAAAUCAAUUUAUUUAGUUGCUGCUACCUUAAGGCCUGAGACUAUGUAUGGCCAAACGAAUUGUUGGGUCCACCCAGAUAUGAAAUACAUUGCUUAUGUUUUGGCUAAUGGCGAGGUCUACGUGUCUACAGAAAGAGCAGCCCGUAACAUGUCUUAUCAAGGUUUUACUAAAGAGGAAGGGAAGAUUGAUGUCAUUGCUACCCUGACUGGACAGGAUAUCUUGGGACUACCUCUGCAAGCUCCUUUGACUAGUCAUAAAGUCAUUUACACUUUGCCUAUGUUAACAAUCAAGGAAGACAAGGGGACCGGUAUCGUCACUUCCGUUCCCAGUGAUUCUCCUGAUGACUACGCAGCUCUGGUAGAUCUGAAGAAGAAGCAACCCUUCAGAGAGAAGUACAAUAUCAAAGACGAGAUGGUAUUACCUUACGAUCCUAUUCCAAUUUUGGAAAUACCAGAGUUCGGUAAUCUGUCAGCAGUGACUGUAUACGAUAGACUAAAAAUACAGUCGCAAAAUGAAAAAGCGAAGCUGCUAGAAGCCAAGGAGAUGGUUUACCUGAAAGGUUUUUACGAUGGUGUCUUACUAGUAGGCGAGUACAAGGGAAAGAAAGUACAGGACGUGAAGAAGCAGCUUCAGAAGAAAUUGGUGGACGCAAAGGAAGCUGUGAUUUAUUAUGAACCAGAAAAAACUGUCAUUUCUAGAUCAAACGACGAGUGCGUCGUCGCUCUCUGCAAUCAAUGGUAUUUGGAUUACGGUGAGGAGAAGUGGAAGAAGCAGGCAGAAGAAGCUUUGGCCAGCUUAGAAACAUUUCAUGAUGAAGUACGAAAAAAUUUUAUGGCUUGUCUGGAUUGGCUUCACGAGUACGCCUGCUCCAGGACAUAUGGACUUGGAACCAAAUUACCUUGGGACGAACAAUGGUUAAUCGAGUCACUAUCCGACUCGACUAUUUAUAUGGCCUAUUAUACGGUGGCUCAUUUAAUUCAAGGUGGAACAUUUAAGGGAGAUAAGCCUAAUGUUUUAGGAAUAAGCGUGAAAGAGAUGACGCCUGAAGUUUGGGACUAUAUUUUCUUUAAGGAUGCGAAGUUACCAAAAACAUCCAUAAAGAAAGAUGCUCUGAAUCAUAUGCGACGCGAGUUCCAGUACUGGUAUCCAGUAGAUCUGCGAGUGUCAGGAAAAGAUUUGGUUCAGAAUCAUCUAACAUUUUUCAUUUAUAAUCACACUGCUAUAUGGCCGGACCAGCCUGAGUUGUGGCCUAAGGGCAUCAGGGCUAAUGGCCACUUAUUGCUCAAUUCAGCUAAAAUGUCGAAAUCCGAAGGAAAUUUCUUAACGCUGUCAGAUGCGGUUCAGAAAUUUUCAGCUGACGGCAUGAGACUGUGUCUCGCUGACUCCGGUGAUUCUGUUGAAGAUGCUAAUUUCGUGGAAACUAUGGCCGAUGCUGGAAUUCUUCGGCUGUUUACUUUCAUUGAAUGGGUGAAAGAAGUUAUGAGCUCCAGAGAUUCGUUUAGGAAAGGGGAUAUAAGCACGUUCAAUGAUCGUGUAUUUGAAAGCGAAAUGAAUCUAAAAAUACGGGAGACAGGUGAGAAUUAUUCAAAAAUGUUGUACAAGGAAGCACUCAGAACUGGAUUCUUUGAGUUGCAAGCUGCAAGGGAUAAAUAUUUACAGCUGAGUGCAUUAAAUGGCGCUAAUUUAAAUUUAAUUCUGCGGUACAUAGAACUACAAACAAUCCUUAUCUCACCUAUUUGUCCUCACACUGCGGAAUACGUUUGGGGUCUUAUAGGAAAGAAAUAUAGUAUAUUGAACGAGCGUUGGCCAAUAGUUGGACCUAUCGACGAGCUCCUAAUAAAAUCAUCUCAUUAUUUUAUGGAAGCCGCACACUCCUUUAGAAUUCUAUUGAAGAAUCACAUUACAGUAAGAAAAGCACCCAAGGGUAAACAGGAAAACCCUCCUGUUGAGAAACCUACACUGGGUACUGUGUGGGUCGCAAAGACAUUCCCACCUUGGCAAAGCAUUGUACUUAAUACAAUGAGAGAUCUUUAUAACAAAAAUGGGAACAAGCUGCCUGAGAACAAAGUAAUUGCUACUGAACUGAGUGGCAAGUCAGAACUGAAGAAAUACAUGAAACGUGUUAUGCCUUUUGUACAGGCAAUGAGAGAAAAACUUGAGUCUUCUGGAAUUACAGCAUUGAAUUUAACACUUGACUUUAGCGAAGUUGAUGUUCUUACUGGUGGUAUAGAUUACCUUCGUAAUACAUUGGAUCUGGAGGAAAUUGAAAUUAAGUUCACGGAUGAAGCUCCUGAGAAAACCAAGGAGGAGUGUUGUCCUGGCGCACCUUACAUCAGUUUCUCCGUAAAACCUGGUGUUUGGUUAUCUGCUGUAAAUCCACAGAAGUGUAAUGGUAUCUUUACAGCAAAAGUUAAAAUUGCUUCUGGAGAUACUGCUUCCAUCGUCGCUGCACGUAUUGCCAAAGAAUGUCGUCAAGUUAAAGAUUCAUCUUCAAUUAUUCUUUAUCGUUAUGAAGAUCCAGUUCUGGGUCCACGUUCCAUACCAACAUCCGAUGACAUACUACGUGGUAAGAUAAAAAUUCUACCGGAUACUGUAUUUGAUGUUAACUUAGAGACUAAAGUGAUAAGUAUAAAUGAAGCUGGAAAAGUAGAGCCGGUAAGCACAGAUAUUGUUUUCCUUGUACAGCAAAAGAGUUGAAGAAAAUCUUUUGGUGUAUCUUAAUGAAAGUAAUAUUAAUUUAAUAAGAAUGAUUAUUUAAUUGAACAAUUCAUGUAAGCAAGAUUUAAUAAAAUGAAGAUGGGUUAAUAAUA